CCGCUCAAUCUUUCGGGGCGGGCGCGGAAAACGAAACGGAGAAAAGAGUGUCGCAUUUUUUUCGAAACUCAGAAAGGAAAAAUAAGUCCGUUGAUAUAUCCCAAAAAAAAAAAUACAUGUUAAUAUUUUCGCAAAAAUAAUAAAACAAAAACCCCAAGAGUAUAUUAUCAAACAAAACAAAAAAGAAAGAUAUAUGUCUAAAUAUCCACCAAACCAGACUGUUCUUUUCGUAGCUCGAAGUAAAAAAUACCGUGCGAUCGAAAUGUGUGGUGGAAGCUAUUUUUGAAAAAAAAGCCCACCAAGCCGAAUUGAAUGCAACAGAAACAAAUCAAUUAAAGUGAGAAACAAAUGAUUAAUUAGCCAGAUUAAUUAGCAAGAGGUGAAACAGUGCAUUCUAUGUGAAACGAUAAGCUGAUUGGAUUAACUGAUUUUGUUUUAAAAAUCGGACACAGCCAAACGAAAAUUGGAAAACAAUUAAAAAUAGUGCCAGUGCCAAGAGGAAAUACAAGAGGAAAAUUCACACAAAAGUUAAAAUUUUGUGCCACACAAAAAGAAAUUCGAAUAAAAUACAAAAGUUGUCGUGUCGCUGUCGCAAGUGCAAUAUCAAUAAAUGAAUAUAUGUACAUAUUGUUAAUCGGAAUAAUAAGUACGCAAAUCAACGCAAAAAUAUUGUACAUAACAUAAAGUGCAGCAGUAAAAAAUUCCAAGAAAUUAAAUAACAUAAAAUAAGGUGCAUUGAAAAUUGCCGCUCGGAUUCGAAUUGCAUUUUUUUGCGGUGUGGAAAUUUUUGUUGACGGCGCACUUCUGGCCCGAGGAAUCAUAUGCAGCCGGUCGGUCUUAUAUGAAUCUUGAUUUCCGCCCGGAGUCUUGUUCGCCGACCACAGCAGAAAGCAGCCAAGCAAAUUUCGUCAGCUCCAUGUACGACUACCGACGAUAUUACGCACAAACCCAUGUUGGAUUAUAAUUUAUACCCUUAAAUUUGGGGGCUACAAUGCGGCCAGAAAUAUACAAUGUUACUACGGUUCACGCUGCCCAAUGUCAGGACUAUUUUUAUACUGAUGGUUGCUCUUGUGCUUGCUCUUGUGAUCAAAACAAGCGCAAAGAAAACGGACGAAUAUGUUUUAACAUUGAUGAAACACAACGAUCGUGCGCUGCACAUCAACGCGCACGGCAAAGUGACCGCGGAGGACAUAUCGCUGGCACAAUCCUUCACCAUGGACAGUGUGGGCGAUGCACUGAGCGUGGAUUUCAAAAUCACCAUCUAUGCCAAGGAUGUGGACUACUAUCUGUGCUUCCAUCAAGGCAAACUGGUUGGAAAGAGAAACGCCACAAACGAUUGCCACUUCAGGGAGUCAAUGGAUCGGGGCUACUAUCGGUUUACGCACGCCUACAAUCCGGUGCUGCAAGUGGGCAUCAAGCGAAACUUUAGGCCCAUCGGACCGCGGGACAUGGAGCGCCCGAAACGGAUGCGUAAUGCCUGUUUCCUCUUCUACCGCUCGGAGGCGGAGCAUUUCCGCAGCAACAUGGCGCUGCUGGGUCCCGGCAAACACAAGCUGCUUGGACCCCCGACCAAAACCACUAAAACAGCAACGACAACAACCACGUCGACGACAACAACCACGCCCAGUACAACAACAAGCAGCACUACGGCCAUGCCCACAACAAGCACCACCCCACCAGCCCCAAUCAGCCCCACAGCAACCACAAUGCUGAGCCCAGUGCCAGUGACGGGCACGAAACGCGUGCGUGGAAAGCCGCGUCGCCCCGCAGCACCUUCAGCAGCAACAAGUAUUACUAGCGAUAGUUCUUCUAUAUCCCACAACAACCACAACAGCAACAGCAACAGCAAUAGCCCUAAGUCCUACAACCAAGCCAAUAGCAACAAUAGCCACAAUAGCAACAAGAAAGGCAACCAUUUGGAUGACAGUUUGCAGGAGCAAAAAAUCAUCAAGCGAAAUUGGGAACGGCGGCAACACCACCAGCAGCAGCAGCACCGCCUACGCCAGCGGCAACACAGCGGCGCCGCGGGUGUCAUGCAACAGCCGCAGCCGAAGAACCUGGAGGUGCGCCACCAUCACAACAACGCCACCCUCAUGGAGCGCCGUAGACGCCGGCGGCUGAGGGAGAGACGCCGCCACAAGCAGCAGCAGCAGCAGUGGGAGCAGGAGCAGCGUGAGGGGUCGCGAGAGCGCGACACCGAGCACCUGCCCAAGGCAUCCUCGUCCGCCUCCUCAUCCUCCUCGUCGUCGGCCACCACAACGGCCCUGACAGCCACGGCGGCCUCGCUGGCCCCCUCCGCCUUCAAUCUGGUGGCCAUGCUGGCUGCCAGUCGGCGAAAGCGGGACAGGCGGAAAAGGUCUGCCGCUUCAGCGGGAUCAGCGGCAGCCGCUGGUUCCGGUGCGGCCACAAGUGGGUCGGGGCGGAGCGAGGGCAUGGACAUGCAGCUGGUGGAGAUGGCCUCGCAGCGCCAGCAGGACCAGCAGCAGCAGCUGGAGCAGCAACAAAACGAAUACUCAAGACCCUAUGUUAAUAGAAACCUAACCCUAAGCCCAGAGCAAACCCUGCAGCUACCACAACACCUAAACGUAAGCCGUAAUCUAAACGUAGAUCAUAGUCUAUAUAUAAAUAGUAAUAGCGAUAAUGUUAAUAAUGCAAUACCUGCCUUGCCAAAAAACUACAACUACUUGUACAGUAACGAGCAUUAUAAUAUGAAUACUAAAAGUAGCACGACUGAUUCUAGUAGUUUAGAGACUAGCACUAAGUUCGAUAGUCCAAAUAGCCAUAGCCAUAGCCAUAGCCAUAGCCAUAGCCAGAGCGCGUUCAAUCAGAAUAUUGACAAUAAUCUUAAGCAAUCCAACGAUCGAAUUGACAGUGUGGUAGAUGCAGUUGAAACUGCAACUGAAACGGUAAGAGAAGCAGAAAGAGAAGCGGAAACGGAAACGGAAACCGUAACGAAAGCGGAAACAGUUAUCGAAACUGUGGUGGAGUAUCGCAAUCAUAUUGAUGCUAAUAAUAAUAUAGUCGCCGAUAGCUAUCCAAUCGAGGACGAGCACGAAAUACAUAUUCUAAAGAAGCUUUUUCGUAGCCUAGAAAUGCCACAGCCGCAGCAGGCGGAGCAGCAGCAGCAGCAGCAGCAGCCUCAGCAACAACCUAAUAUUGAUAAUUUCAAUGCAAAUAUUAACGUUGUUAACGAUAAUCAGAAUCACAAUGAUAAUGAUAACGAUAAUGGGCUGCUGAUCAAUAAUAACCAUAAUAGUAAUUAUAACGAGCAAUUUGCGAAUGACGAUGAAACGAUACGAAUUCAAAAUAAUAAAUAUGAAACACAUAUAGUACAAUACAAACCUGUGGUAUAUGCCACAUGA